AACGGCGACAACGGUUACUCUCUGUCUGUCAGUCGGUCGCAACGGUUUAGCUGCCAGUUCGAAGGCGAAAUACAAACACGACGCAGUGCAGCGCAUGCAGAUACGAUACGGAAACAGAAGCAGAUACAGAUACACCGUCCGAGAGUCGAGAGUUGAGAGUCCGAUACGCAGCGCGACACGCAGUGACCAGUGAAGUUUCGCACAGCACAGCGCAGAAUUUAAUUCAGGAAAAUUAGCAUAACGAGCGGGGAUUUGAUUCAGGUCUGUCAAGUGGCCUGCACAAUUCGAGUACAAUACAAAUACAAUAAAAAGUGUGAAAGUGUAAAGAAUGUCUGUGCAACAACAGCCGCAGCAGCUGCAGCAUGCAGUGUCCACAAUAGCUGCAAGUGCCAAUCAACAGCAGAAGACGGCAGCCCCAGGAGCAGUACCAGGAGGAGCGGGAACCAUAACCAUGCCAUCCAGUGCCAAAUCAAAGCCCAAAAGUCGCUCGUCCUGCUGGCUGCUGCAGCCGCGGCAGCUGAACAGCAUUUGCAUCGUGUUCGCCGAACUGAUUGCCACGGCCAUGCUGAUGUUCCUCGGCUGCAUGGGCUGCAUCCAGAACUCGUUCUUCUCCAAUGGCCAUUUCCAGUGCGCGCUCAACUUUGGCUUCGUUGUCCUGAUCUGCAUCCAGUGCUUUGGCUGCAUCUGCGGUGCCCAUCUCAAUCCCGCCGUAACGCUGGCCAACUACAUCUACAAUAUGAUCUCGCUGCCCAUGGCCGUGGCCUACUUUGUCGCCCAGAUGGUGGGCGCCUUCAUUGGCUAUGGCCUGCUCAAGGCCAUCAUGCCGGAGAACGCCAUCUACAGCACGGCAACGCCCAGUGGCGUCUGCGUGACCUCCGUCCACAGUAGCCUGACGGGGCUGCAGGGUGUGGUCAUUGAGUUUCUGAUCACCUGCGCCCUGAUUGCCAUUUGCUGUGGCGUCUGGGAUCCGCGCAACGCCAAGUUCCAGGACUCGGUGCCAGUGCGCUUCGCUCUUGCCAUCGCCUGCCUCUCCCUGACUGCGGGCCAGUUCACGGGUGCCAGCAUGAAUCCGGCUCGCUCCUUUGCCCCGGCUUUCUGGAACGGAGCCUGGGAGAAUCAUUGGAUCUACUGGGUGGGUCCCAUGGCAGGGGCUCUCGUCUCAUCGCUCAUCUACAAGCAUGCUUUCCGACGCAGGGUGGAGGAACAGGAGGAGCAGGAGUCCACCAUGUCCACCAAGCGGACCUCCGAGGUGGAGUUCGCCUAGAGCGCAAUAGAUCCCCUAGAAGACAAAGUAUCCUUUAAGUGCUUUAAAAGCGGCUUAGUUUGUACACCUAACCAUACGAAUAAAUACGUACCAUAUAUUAAA